UGUUUAGCUUUCCCUUGUUGCUAUGGAAAGUAGGAAAAAAAUAGUUGAAAAACUCAUUCUUGUCCUGAAAUUCCUCUGUGCCUGAGGGAAUCCAUACCUACGUGUUGUGUUUGCCUUGGAGUUGUUUGGGGGUUUUUUUUCUUCCCCUCCUUCUCCAGACCCCCCCCAAACAAUUCACAUUGAAUUGUUUAAAUGUUUUCUAUUGAAAUCACUGGCGGCAGGAUCAGGCCCUCAGUUGUUUUUCUUUAAAGCAGUUGAUAAUGGCUGGAUGUGAAGUUGUAAAAUGAUAAUAUUACCUGGUGUGUCCACAGCUCAAAUCCACUGUCUUAUUACAAUCUCAGAAGAAAGCUCUGGACUAAGCAGCUUGUAAAGAAAAUAUGUCUAACAAAGCACAGCUGACUUCUGCCUUCAUGUUCUUAUUUAUAAAUCUCUUGAAAGUUUGCUUGAUACUCUUCCAGAACAAGACACAUUUCUUUCAUGUUUGUUUCAUGUUUUCACUUCCUCCUAUGACUGUAUUCAUAGCUAAGCUUUUGUGUCACUGAUUGAGAUGUUAUUGUAAUUAACAUUAAUUAUGAAAACUAAAUUGUUUUUAGAGGCUCUCUAAAUCCAUAUUGAUACUGUCAGCUUGUUUGGUGAACAAAAAUCCAGACAUUUCACCAUUCUCAGACAAAAUACAUUAUCUGGUUCCAAAUUAAUACACGCAUGGGAAAGCAUAGCAAAAUUAAGCUGUUUUUAGCUCAAAUGGUGCAUUGACUCUUGAUGGAGAUGGUGAAUACAGUACGGUUGGAUCUGAAACAUCAAGGCAGGGUAAAUGGGGAGCAAGAAAGAGAAUUAGGUACAGGCGUUCUGGGAGGGUGUUUACACUGCAGAGUUCCACCACAUUCUUUCCAGAUAGGCAGUACUAGAUUAAUUGGGCCAGAUUCUGCAGUCCCUGAUUGAGCAAAACUCUCACUGAAGUAUGCUGGAGCUGUCUGCUUGGUUGCGGACUGCUGAAUAUGGUUGAGAAAUGGAGAAAAAUAACAGUGUUUGUCAUUAAUUAUUCACGACAUUUCAGAUUCUAGACUUAGAGAAGAUAUCUUCCUUUAAUUUGAUUUAAAAGGUGUUCCAGGUGUUGGUUAUUUUUAAAAUGACAAACCUAUUGAAAUAUUUUUGAAAUAUACAUAUUCCCUAUAGCAAUGGUAACAUUUUAUAAUGUCAGUUAUAGUGACAUUCACAAAAGUCUCCAUGUCUGAUUUGGAAUCGCCCCCUUGAAACAAUUGUGAGCUGAGAAGGACAUUAGAAUCUCUUCAUAGAAAUUGUAAUUGUUGCAAUAUUUAUAUGCUAUAUUGUUGUAUAGUCUCGGGAAGAAAAAAAUAGGGGUGGGGAGAGUUUAAAUGAGAAUUUGCUGUCACGAUACUGAAUCCAAAAAUAGAUGCAGACUAGCAGAUUAUUCCCUGUCUUAAAAAUGAAGUGUCUCUAAUUUCCCAUUUAAAUAAGCAAAAUUUGGUUUGCAGUUUGCUUUGGGUAAUGAAAGGGUUUUUUUUUGUUUCUGCUUUCAGUGCAGUGGUCCUCUGGAAAGUUAGAAACAGUGCCCUGGGGCUCAGCGGAGUGGAGGGUGUAUAAUUAUACGGAAGGCUCCAUAGCAUCAGUGAAUUAGCAUUAGCAGCUGAGUGAGUUUGUUAAGCUGUAGAGAUGGCAUUAUGGAAAUCAAUAAAAUGCUGAUUUCUUAUUGCAGAUUCCAUGUUAAAAGGAAAAGAUGCUGUUUGUUUGUCUGCUUUUCAUGUAGGCUUGCCAAACCAUUAGUUGAUUUGGAAAGGCAGGUUUUUCAGUUCAGACAACAGCGCCUGGUGCCGAGCUCUCACUCCCUCCCCCCAGGUCUUCGUGCUCUCCAGCAUCUCCGUUUGGCCUCAUUUUUGUGCUUCGGUGGUGCCUGCACAGCCCAAAUUAGCACCGAGGAUCCCGCGGAGGGGGGCGCCGCCUCCCUCGGCUCCCAGGUGAGCUCCCGGGGCGGGGGGCGGCAGGCAGCGCCCCGGCUUUCCUGCAUCCCUCCCCGCUCCGCUUGGCCCGACCGGGAGAUGGCUGGGGAAGGGGGGCUAUGACCGGUCCGACCCGGGGGGGGGGGGGCAGCGCGGCGGGGUCCUGGUCGGGGAUCGCAGGGAUACUUGUCAUAUUUGCGGUCGGGGCGCGCUGGCACCCGCCUUUGUGCCGGGCCAGCGCUCCCAGGGAACCCCCGCGGUCGGGGCACGGGUGGGCAGCGCAGGGAGCCGGGAGCAGAAGGAGGAGCAGCAGCAGCGGGGGAUGCGGGGGGAGGAAGGCCGGGGCCGGGGCCGGGGCCGAGGCGGGGCUUUAACGCGGGCCGGAGGGCGAGGAGCUCGCCGGAGCCGCCCCUGUCGUCAGUGCUGGCGGCAAGUGCUGGGAGCUGGGGCUGGUGCCUCCUCCCUCUCCUCCUCCUCCUCCAUUGUAUAAUGCUGCGUGAUCGCAGCCGCCGGGGGAGAGCGGAGGCUUAAAUCCUCACGCCGCCUGCGCCUGCCUCCUCCUCCUUUUCCUCCUUCUUCUCCUCCUCCUCCUCCUCGUUCUCCUCCGCAUCCCACCCGGCCCCUCCCCGGAGCGGCGCGGCGAGGGAGCGACAUAUGGAGCUGCUCUAGGGCGAGAGUUUGCGACCUCCCCUCCCCUCCAUGCGUUAGUUCUCAGGUGGAGCUGCAUGUGUGUUGAAUGGGAGGAGGAUGCCUGUGCUCUCGGAGGGCAGGCCAGCUCCCAGCUGCCAGGGCAGGUUUGCUCUGCUUUGCCAGGAUCCUACAGGCCAAGGAGCAUCAUGCUGAGAUAUAUGUUGGGGAAAGGAGGAAAGCGGAAGUUUGACGAGCAUGAAGAUGGGUUGGAAGGCAAAGUGGUGUCUCCUACUGACGGUCCCUCUAAGGUGUCUUACACCUUACAGCGUCAGACUAUCUUCAACAUUUCCCUUAUGAAACUUUAUAACCACAGGCCAUUAACUGAGCCAAGCUUGCAAAAGACAGUUUUAAUUAACAACAUGUUGAGGCGAAUCCAGGAAGAACUCAAACAAGAAGGCAGCUUAAGGCCCGUGUUCGUGACCGCUUCGCAGCCUGCCGACCCUCUCAGCGACAACUUCCGCGAGGCGCAGCCGGCGUUCAGCCACCUCGCCUCCCAGCCCCUUCUCCCCACUGACUUCGUAAGCACUAUGCCCCUGGAGUCCUGCCUCACCCCAGCCUCUUUGCUCGAGGACGACACGUUUUGCACUUCCCCGACUGUCCAGCACGAUGGUCCCACAAAACCACCACCUCCUGCUCUCCAACCAGUAAAGGACAGCUUCUCCUCAGCCUUGGACGAAAUCGAGGAGCUUUGUCCAGCACCUACCUCCGCAGAGGCAGUAGCAGCCCAAACAGCAGCCGAUGACUCUAAAGACCACCCCAGCGAGUCCAGUGUCCAAAAGCCUGAGGGCCUCCCGGAGAGCAGAACGGCUGAAUCCAAACUCAUGGACUCCCUACCUGGCAACUUUGAGAUAACAGCUUCCACAGGGUUCCUCACGGACUUGACCCUGGAUGAUAUCCUGUUCGCUGACAUUGAUACGUCCAUGUAUGAUUUUGACCCCUGCACGUCUGCCACGGGGGCUGCCUCAAAAAUGGCUCCUGUCUCAGCAGAUGAGCUCCUAAAAACACUCGCUCCGUACAGCAGUCAACCAGUAACUCCAAAUCAGCCUUUCAAAAUGGACCUCACGGAACUGGAUCACAUCAUGGAGGUGCUCGUUGGGUCUUAAAGCGUAGAAAUAUAGCAAAUUUUUUUUUGUUGUUGUUUUAAUUAUUUUAAGUACCAAUAUAUACACUCGGUAGUAUUUCCAUAGUCCCACCCCCAAUUCACAGCACUGUGCAUGCGUCCUUGCUUGCCUUUUUGGAAGAGAAAAGGAUCACACUAGUUUUUGCUUCAAGCAGAGUUGGAGUGCCUUCAUCCAUGUCUGACCACUUCUAAUGUAUUUUUGUUAAAGUGGUUCCUCAAGGAAGACCGAAUAUCCUGGGAUAGGGAAGAAUAUCUAUUGUAGACAAUGGUAUGUUACUACAAAAAAAAAAGAUAAAAAAAUGGGAAAAAAACUAUGUCAAAGCUAAGCACAAGGAUUAUGUUGGGGAAAGCUGUAAAUUGCAUGUGCAUAUUUGUCUAUUUUUUCUAUAAGUUUUAUUGCAAGAGGUAAAGAAAAUUUUAUUAUUUAGAUAAUCUCAAUACCAUUUUAGCCCUGUCUAGGUUGACUUAGCAAUUCAGCCUUUUGGAGGCAUUAACCUGCUCCUCUUUAAGUGUUGCAUUUACAUGGCUGUUUAGAAACUGCUGCCCAAAUUUAUUUUAUAUUUUUGUACAGAUUCUGCAGUUUAUGAUAUUGUUUUUUCUAAAAAACAAAUGCUGUUUAUACACACAAAAAAAAAAAUAGCUAUUUUGAUAGGAUUUGCUCACAUAGUUCCUGCAUAAUUCAGAUGUACAAGAACCACUUGUACUUUUAUACAGAGUUGUAAUGUUUUAUAUGUGUAUGGUGCAAAGAGAAAAUUGGAUCAAAUAAGCCUGCAGUCGGUUUCCCUGAAUGCAAACAAACAAAAAAGUGCUUUAAGAAAGGGCUGGGAGCUGCUUCUGUCGGAGUUUCACAAGUGUUUGCUCCCUGCUGUACCCACUGCGCACUACUGUGAUUCCUGAAACUCAGAGCCAUGUCCUUUUCCAACACGUAUGUGAAGCAGUUGGCAGGAAACAGUUGUGGAACUUCACCCGGAGAGGUCCUGAGCGCCACCACCGCGGCUCCAGCCUCCCUGCUCCGGUGUCCCCUUGCCGGGGCAUCCAGUCCAUCCCGCGUGACGUGGAGCGCCUUAACACAGCGGCGGAUCAGCGCUUCCUCACCCGAAGGUGUGGAUGGAAUUCCUCACUCCUGGGAAUGAAUGGUUUUGAGGGGGAACGUGCCCAUUGCCCACCGAGAGCCAGCUCUCAACCUUCGUGACCGACGGGCGAAUGAACGGAGCGGGCAGAAGACUGGCGUUGGCAGCAUCCACUCACCCUAUCUUGGAGCAUUUCUCCUUCCCUCUCCCCACCUCACUGUGCUAAGUGCUGAAAAAGGCAACUUCAGUAUUACUGCAGUGAAGCUCAUCUCUUAACCUGCACUGGAUGGACUUGCUUCAAUAUCCAUUGCUGUUGAAACUGGAGCCAGUCGUGUUGCAUCACUUGGCAUCUCGCGUAGGGUUGGUUUCUUGUAUCAACUGUGUUACCUGCUUUACACUUUAUAGACCUGUUUUACAACGAAUAUACAGACACAGCUUUCUAUGCAUGGUCCCGUUCCCCCUAACACCUGAGAAGUCUUCUCAUUACUGCACCAAUAGCAUUUUUUAAGUUCAUUGUGGUGUACAUUUAAUUUAAAGACCUACGUUUGCAAUGUAUCAUGCCUAUUGCUGAAGUUGCUAUGGCAUUUUAGUUUUUCAAUGGUACUUUAGCUGUUGAGUGCCGGUUACAACCUGUAUUGUUGACAUGCCUAUGGCUUCUUUAGGAAUAACUUUUAUAUUUAUUUAAGAAAUUUUAAAUUAUGUUUUACGUCAUUUGGCAAUAUUCAGUCCGUUCUGCUCCCUUCUUGUCAUGGAUGAAAUUGGGUCUCGCCUGCCUUGUGAGGAGGCAGCUUUUUAUAAAUUGGCACUUUAAACCGGGCCAUAUGUAUUUAUUAGUCUGUAGAUAGAUAGAUGUAACUUAGAUGUGCGCACAGACACAGUGAGAGAGCAAGUACGGUUUGCAAUGAAGGAACUCCUAAUGGAAAUGCGUCAUCUACAAGUACAAAACGUGCUUCUGGCUCCUAGUUCAUCUGCCAGGGUGAGAUGUGGGGCUGUGGGAAAUAACUAAGGGGGUGGGUUUGCUUUCUUCUUUUUCCCAAGCUGAACUCAGUGGAGCAAUGGAUUUGAAGUAGUUUCCUUACAUAGACUUAAAAAAGAAAGUAAGCUAUUGUUUCAGCCAGAAAACCAUUGACCAAGUGUAGCUUUAGGGACCAUCAGAAAUGCGGGGUGGGAGGUGGGGGGCGGUUCCAUCUCACACACCGCAGCCCCUGUAGGAAAACAAAUGGCCCUGUUGGAUUCUGCACCUCCUGGAGCUGGAGUAACUGGGAAAACAUGGGCAGUGCUGUCAGUGCUACCACGUUUCCCAUGGUAACUUGGUAAGUGCUUGCCUUACCAUGGUUAAAAAUUGAUCUGCAGUGUGCUGGAGCUGCCUGGUGGUUUUGGGAUUCCUUAUGCAUUUAAACAAAUAUCAUAUGCCAGGCAAAAGUUGACAUCAGUCCCAUUUUGGAGAGCUGUGCUGUCAAGUGGGGUUAGUUGGUUUUUGUAUCCAGAGGACAGGAGCCAAUCUCUGAAUCCUCUCUUCCACACAGAAGAUAAUGUCUGUGUAUCCUUGGUGCUGAAGCACAUGUCCUGUAGCAGAAUCCUUAGGGGAAUCCCAUAGGAUAUAAGCUAUGGGACUGGGCAAGAGGUUAGCAAGGUAGUGCAUGCUACAGCGGGAAAGGCUCAGCUGUGGUUUUGUCCCCAUGCAGUCACUUACUGUCUCUAGUGUGGCCUUUGCCAUGGUCCUAACAGCAGAACAGCAGCCACAUGUGGAGUUUCUCCACAGCAGGGAUGGACAUUGACAUUAAUGUGCAAUGAAGUGACAAGAUGGGAGCAGAAUAAAAGAGCUUUGGAUUUGAAGUGAUUUUUUUUUUCAUAAAUUAUUUAUUCCUUUUUUUUUUUUUCCUUCUGUAAAUAUAUUUAUUUUAUUGUGAAGCUAACAACAUCUGGAUUGUAACAUGUACAGAAUGUAUGGUAGGAAUGUAUCCUCUUGUAGGAAUGUAAAUCUCUAUGGAAGAGGGUGUGGGAGCCAGAUUCAGAGAACAUGAAUUGAGUUCCAGUCAGGUUGCGUAUGGUUCAAUGCGAGUAUUUUUGUAACUCCCCCCACUCUUUCUAAUAUGGGUCUGGUUGUUUGAAAUAUGCAAAAAAAGGUAUGGAUGAGGGACAGUUUUAGGUUCAAAAUUCAUCCUAAUCAGGCUCCUACCCUGUCCACGCUGGUGGCGUCCACAAGCAGGAGGCAGGAGCUAAUGCAUCAUCCCCGUCGUGCUGGCCUGGCUGAUGUUUGACAAAGGGGAAUCUCUUUCUGUCACUCACGGGAAGCCCAGCUGAAGUCCCCGGGGCUGGAGAACAUCACAGGAUGGCCCCUUUCAGCCCUGGAAGGGGUGACAGAGCCGCAACCACCUCAUUGCCAGAAGGCGAGGCCAGGCACGAAGCCAGGACCGCGCUGUGCACGUGCGGCAGAGGGUUCAAGCUACCUGCGCUGCCCCGUGAGUCUGACCAGCCCGUCCUUGGACACCGCAGGACCACGCAGCCCCGUAUGCAAAGGAAGGGGAACGUCCCUCUUCAAGAGACCGUCUUUGAGCAGCAUCAUAGAGAACUGCACCCACCAGUGGCAGCUUCCUUGCGGGCAGUGGGGAAAGCAUCGCGGUAAAGCCGCCGUCUGAAGCAAUCACUGCGAGAGUAAAUCUGGACCUUGCGAAAGGUAAUUUGGUUUUUCCUCGGUGCUGUGUGGCGACAGCCUGGGUUGUUUUAAACCAGUGUUUGAACCCCAAAGUUUGUGCUUUUAUCACCAUUAAAUUGAGUAAAUCGCGAUGGGUCCUGUCUGACAAACGGUUUAAUUCACUCCAGCACAUUGUGAGCUUCUUGUUCUUGUUACAGGGUUUCUUUCGGUUUGGUUUUGGUUUGGUUUUCUCCCCCCAUCAGGUUUCAGGAUCCUGCUUCUGUGCAAGUUGCUUUCAGUGCUUCUGUUAAUGAAUGAGACUGAACAGUUUUCAAGAAAUUAGUUCCUUUUAAGCACUUUUUCUUUUCUUUAUUAUUUCUUUUCCCCCUGAAAACUGCGCAAGUUCUGGAGCCUCUGGAGACACACCAAUUGCAGAUAAAAUCCCAACCUCAACUCUAUCUAGUUCGGAGCGUUACCUGUACGAGCGCCUGGAAGGGCCAGGAUUCUGGAUAAAGUGUAAAUAGUGUGACAUGUUCAGUGCAUGGAUUUUUGAACAGGGCUUGUUAUUGUCAAAAAAAAAGAGAAAAAUAUAUAAAAAAAAAGAAAAAAGGCUGUAUUUCCCCUUCCCCUCCCACAGACCUUAGAGCUGUGCCUUUUCUAUGCAAUAUUACAGACAUAUACAUCUGAAACCAGAUUACUGUAUUCACAUGUAGGUAUGGGCUGUAAUCAAAAAAAAACAAUUGGACAAAUGUACAUGGAAAUGAGCAGUCUUACUUUUGUAGUUUUAUAUUAUACAAUAAACAAUUAAAAUAAA